UUACAGAAGUGUUGGCGCUGAAAUGAAGAUGGUGAUAUGGUGAUAAAAUUCUUAUAGAAAAAAAAACCUCACACACACAGAAAAGGUCAAGGACGACGAACGGGAUUAUCAUCUGCACGAGCUAGUGGAAUUAAGGAAGUACACUGUACCAUAACCAGCACCGAUAAAGAAGGAUGCAUAUCUAGCAGUUACUAUGUGGUGCGUGUAUUCACAUUAAGACUGGCCUUUUUCUAACACUUCCCUACACGUUGUGAAGUAGAUUACGUAUGCGUAAGAGAAGUACGAAUUAUUUGAAACCAAAUGAAAAAUGUAAAUGUGAAUUAGCAGUUACUUUAUCCAAAUACAAAAUUGCAAUGGUUAGAACAGUUUUCGUUAGAUGUCGGGGAAAUCUCAUAUAAUGUGAAUUGUAUUCUUGUGUAGAGUUUACGACGUGGGUAUGAAUCUUCUAUGUACGAGGAGAAAGACUAUUUACUGCAACAUUCAACGCAUCGUUAGGUUAACACUUGUGUGAAUUCACUGUUUCGGCCAAUAUUUCCAAAAUGGUGUCUGCAGUCCAACUCUGUGUGAUCUUCUGGACGAUUUAUGUGACAAAAUGUCUCCCAGCAGAAGAAAACGACACGAGCAAUGCCGUUACGCCUGCUGCGAGUGGUCCAUUUGAUGAGGCGCUUGUGACAUCGAUCUUGAAAAUUGUCGAUGUGAAGUUCGAAUCGAUAAGUACCCGAAUUGGGUCGAUGGAGAGAGCCAUGAACAGUCUUCAGUAUUACAACCUUCGUCAAUUCCGAGUUGUUAAUACUCACUUGAGGGCACUGGAUACUAUCAUGCAGGCAACACACUCCCAGAUGGGUGAAAUAGAUAUCGACAGCAAGGAGACUAAAAUCUCCAUCGAUAUGCUAAAAAAAGAACUGAAAAAUAUGGAAAAAGUGCAAAAUGCUAUGUUCGAUUCCAUGGAAAUAAAUUUCGAAAAACUUGAGUUUGGUACAGGAGAAAAAUUUGCCUCUUUACACGAAUCAAUUGAUCUCAUGUUAAACUCAACAUUACAAAUGGUCGACAAAGCUCAUGAGGAUUCAAAACUGCCUCCACUAAUCGAGAGCUUGUCAACUGUCCUGAACGAAUCUGACAAGAUAACAAAUGACAGACUUACAAGUCUGGAAGAAAAAGUGGAUAGUUACCACAAUGUAACGAUGUCGAAACUGGAAGGUGUCGAGGUUGGAAUCGUCAAUUCAACUAACAAUAAAACAGAGGAGCGCUCGCUUUUAGAGACAUUGAUCGAUCUCAAUGAUAAUGUACUUCGAUCGAUCGAUUUUUAUCGACAUACGGGUGAUCUGGUGGAAAGAAUCGUGGGAGCCACUGAAACGGUAGCAGACGAACAAGACACAAUACGCUCGGAUCUGAGACUGUUUCUUGAAGUUCAGACAAACAACACUGUUUGUAACCGUAAGCAGGAAGAAGUCGAUCAGCCAGUAGACUCGAACGAACUGCCUAACGUAAUCAUGACCGAUAGUAAUUUACAUAGAUGUGAAAUGACGUUUGAUGAAUUGAACGAAAUGGCAGAUAUAUUUAGAAAUAGCACGCACUUAACCGAUCUCUGGACAGAAAUGGCCCAGAUGAAUCAGUUCACGUUGCGCUCUACUGUUAUGGAUCUUAUGGCUGAAGUUGCCAAAUUGCAUGAAAUUCACGAAAAAGUUACCAUGGUUUCUGAACAGACGACAACGACAGCGCCAAAUCUCUUCACGGGUCUAAUGGAGUUUGAUCUUGAGAGUAUUUCUAACAACACAAAAGCUGUAUACCAGAUUGUUGAAGCUGUGGCCUCCAAUACAGGAUGGAUACCGUACAUAUUCCACAAUCUACAGUUUGUAGAAAGUCAGGUGAAUGAAACUGUAAAGAACUACAAAAAUAUUCUCCAAAAACAGGAAACUUUGUUCGAGAUCUUGCGGUCACAUGAUAGAACCGAAGCCCUCACGGGGCGUCCUGCCAUGACACGAGGAUUGGACACCACAGUACCUGUCUCUCCGAAUCAAACUGGUGUGAUCAGUGACGGGAACACUACUUAUCUCGAUAAACUUAACAUCAUCUACAGAACAAAUGUGAAAAUGCAUCGCCUGAUCCCCGCCUUAACUAGGUUACUUGGAGAACCAGAACCAUUUAUAACCCUUGUGGAUGGCAGGAACGAAAACGAGGGUCGAGUUGAAAUUUAUAGAAAUGGUCGGUGGGGAACGCUUUGUAAGGAUAUCGAUCAUGUGGAAGCAAGCUAUAUAUGUCGUCACCUUGGUUACCUGGGUGGUAUAUCCGCCGGAAGUGGAUUUUAUGGUGCAGGAAUUGGCGUUUUUUGGAAGCUCAAUAUGACGUGUUUGUCGACAAGGCGAUGUGAAGUGGCUAGUAGUGUUGAGGCAAACCUCUGUAGUCAUGAUGACGAUGCUUCCAUCAUAUGUGAUCACAUGGUGAGACUGGACGCGGACAAUAGGAAGAGAAGGUCAGUAGGAUACCUUAGCAUUCAUCAUCGUGGUAACUGGCUCAAUAUUUGUGCAGAUAACUGGACAACACAAAAUGCGGACGUGGCGUGUCGACAACUCGGACACAAAAGUGGAAUUAUAAAACCGACAGCAGAUGACCCAAAGACAGUUGAAGUUGAUAAUCUAUGGUUGCGUAAUAUCACAUGUUCUGGAAGUGAAAUGCGAUUGGACGCAUGUGAACACGUGAUAUGGUCACGUGGCUGUGAAUCUAACACACCUGUUCGUAUAUCAUGUACAUAGUAUGGCAGAUCUCGGACAACGUUAGAUGUGUAUUGUAUGUGGUAAUGACCACUUGCCUUCCUGGCUAAACAUGAUUUGGACAGAUAUUCGCACUAAUCUACCAGAAUGAUUACUGGUUAAACAUCUCUGGAACAAGCUGAUUUUUUUUUUUUUUUUGUAUAAAAUAUUUUCUUGACGAACUCGUCCUUCCAUUGUUCGUGUGACACGUUAUAUGAACGUUGUAUAUCAUCGCAAUAAUCAAAUAUGUUGACUGUGAAUGUUGCGAGGGAAGUGUGAAGACACAAACAACUUAAUGUUUUGAACCUAACUUUCAUCGGAAAGAACACACACAUUAUUUGUCUGAAAUAAAUUAUCACGUCGACACUG